GGCGCCUAAAGAGGCAGACAGUGUUGUAUAACACUUGAGACAAUGUACAACACAGUAACAGGGUUGCUGUACAGACGGGAAAGUGUGGUGGUAAGUCGAUGGACCGAUAUAUCGCCAGUGCGACUCUGUUUUGUGGUGGUCGGUCGAGUGGUGGAAGCGUGGCUUCACUCUCUUUCCGGUGAUGGUGAACGACAGCGACACGCAACAACAGAAACGCGCUACACUUUUAAAUCUGUAAAUAUGAAUGGCAUCAGCGAUGAAAAUCGCGCUGCGACAUCAGAAGUGGGAUCUGCUCAGCCUCCCAAUCUUGACAUCACAUCGCUUUUAGCGCAGAACGGGAGUCUCAUGGAAAUAAUUAAAAAAUUGACGACACCUGAAAGUUCUGUGGAGAAAAAAAAACAAAACAAGUGACGCUCCCGAAAUUCAACCCAGAUGGCGAUGGUACGGACGCUUCGGCAUGGUGCACUACGGUGGAUUUGGUCAUGGCGGACAACACGGUCGAAGGCAGCGAACUAGUGAUGGCAUUGAGCAAGGCUCUGGAAGGUAGCGCUUCGCAGUGGCUGUCACAAGUGUGCUACGCUGGCAUUACUUGGACGCAGUUCAAGGAUUUGUUCACUGCACGAUUCAUCGGAGUUGAGACCAAUGCAGCUGUUCUCUUAAACGUCUUACAUGGCCGACCCAAGAAGGGAGAAGGUCCCGCUGAAUAUGGGACUCGCAUCGUCACGCUGCUCUUGUCAAAGUGGAAGUCUACAAAUCUGGAAGAGAUUGCAGUGUCGUUAACGUUGGCACACAUGGCUCAACUGGAUGACAAAUUGUCACGCUGGAUCUUCACUGAAAACGUCAAGUCACUCAAUGAGCUACAACAACAACUACAUGCGCAUGCUUUCAAAAAGCGCAACUUGGAUGGCGAGACGUGUGCUACUCAGGAGCAUAAGAAGCCCAAGCUUUUGAACCAGAUGAAGUGCAACUUCUGCGGAAAGGUUGGCCACAAGUACGCCGAAUGUCGAUCCAGACUGGAGAAGAGCAAGAACAUGGGAAGGAAUCACAAUGGAGGCACUACGGCUGGACCAAAGGACCGGGCUGGCAUAAGAUGCUUCAAGUGCGACGAACCAGGACAUUUCGCCUCAUCUUGCUCCAAGGGCCGAGCUGGUGGAAGCGGCCAGGUUUAUGAGAAGCGUGUGGACAUUUGCACAAUAGCUCCCCCGUCUGGAGUUAUUAAUCUGUCCGGUGAGUCUGUUCCGUUUUGCUUCGAUUCUGGUGCAGAAUGUUCCUUAGUGAAGGAGAGCAAAGCUGAUAAAUUUAAGGGGAAACGUAUUAAUAACAUUGUAAAGUUAAAUGGAAUUGGCAAUGACUCAAUAUGUAGCAUCCAGCAAAUUUUGGCUAAUAUAACCAUUGAACAGUAUUGCUUUGAGAUAUUAUUACAUGUCGUCUUGGAUAGAUUUUUGAAUUAUGAUGUGCUGAUUGGCCGUGAAAUUCUUGGUCAGGGCUUCGGUGUUUUAAUAGACGCUGCCAGGUUUCAGAUGUAUAAAACCAAAGAGGUGAAGGUUGUAAAUAAAACAGGAUACGAAGACAUUAUAAGUUCAAGUAGCCAUAUUAACGAACAUGAUAAGAUGACACUGAUAAAUAUUUUGAAAUUGUAUAGUGACUCCUUUAUUGACGGAAUUCCCUAA